AUGUGCCACCUGUUGCAGCACCUGUGCGAGCGGGAGCUGCAGCACCGUGUGGAGAUGUGCCACCUGCUGCAGCACCUGUGCGAGCGGGAGCUGCAGCACCGUGUGGAGAUGUGCCACCUGCUGCAGCACCUGUGCGAGCGGGAGCUGCAGCACCGUGUGGAGGCCAUCGUGGCCUUCUCGGAGCGCCACGUGCAGCGGCUGCAGCGGGACCAGCGGCGCCGCUACGGGCGCCUGAUGCGGGCUCUGACCAUGUCGGCCGCCGAGACCGCGCGGCGCACCCGCGAGUUCCGCUCGCCCCCGCAGGAGCAGAUCAACAUGCUGAUGCAGUACAAGGGGGGGGCUGAGGAUGAGGAGUGUCCCGUGCCUGGGGACAUCCGGGACGAGCUGCUGGACUUCCACAAUGACCUGCUGGCCCACUGCGGCGUGGAGCUGACGGAGGAGGAAGAGGAGGAGGAGGAGGAGACGUCGCUGCGGCAGCGGCUGCUGGGGCUGGUGCAGAAGGUGGUGGGGGUCCGGGGACCCCCCAAGGAGGAGGAGACCCCCCCCGAGGAGCCCCCGGUGCCCAGCACGCUGCAGGAGCUGAUCUCGCAGACCAUGGUGCACUGGGCGCAGGAGUCACUGUGUCCCCAAUGUCCCCAAUGUCCCCAAUGGUGGCCAUGGGGCUGCUGGCCGUGGUGGCACUGGUGCCACAGGGAUGAUGGCACUGGGGGAACCGGGGCUGGUGACACUGGUGGCACUGGUGACACCGGUGUCCCCGUGUCCCCGCAGAAGUUCGAGGCUGAGCUCUACAAGCUGGCCAUGCCGUGCCUCUGCGCCAUCGCCGGCGCGCUCCCGCCUGACUACGUGGACGCCAGCUACUCGUCCCGCACCGAGAAGAAGGCCUCGGUGGAUGCCGAGGGCAACUUCGACCCCAAACCCGUGGAGACCCUCAAAACCCCCAGCCCCACCCAGCUCCUCAUGGAGAGCCCCAACCUCACCCAGCUCCUCAUGGAGACCCCCAACCCCAUCCAGAUCCUCACAGAGAGCCCCCACCUCACCCAGAUCCUCAUGGAGAGCCCCCAACCCCGUCUGUGCUCAUGGAGAACCCCCAGCCCCACCCAGCUCCUCCUGGAGAGCCCCAACCUCACCCAGAUCCUCAUGGAGAGCCUGUCCCCCCCAAUCUCCUCUAUCCAGAACAACUGGACUUUUGGGGAGGCCGUGGAUGAGGAAGCCAAAACCCACCCGAUGCUGAGACCCUACAAAACCUUUUCUGAGAAGUCCACUUUGGGAAACCCCCCAAACUCCUGGGAGUUCCCCAAAUCCCCUGGGAGCUCCCUCAGCCCUUGGCUGGACAUCGCCCAGGAGUUCAUCGCACACUUGGAGGCCGUGGUCAGCAGCGGGCGGGUGGAGAAAUCCCCCCACGAGCAGGAGAUCAAGUUCUUCGCCAAGAUCCUGCUGCCCCUGAUCAACCAGUACUUCCACAACCACUGCCUCUACUUCCUGUCCACGCCGGCCCAGGUGCUGGGCAGCGGCGGCCACGCCUCCAACAAGGAGAAGGAGAUGAUCACCAGCCUGUUCUGCAAACUGGCCGCGCUCGUCCGGCACCGCGUGUCCCUGUUCGGGACGGACGCCCCGGCCGUGGUGAACUGUCUGCUCAUCCUGGCCCGGUCCCUGGACGCCAGGACGGUGAUGAAGUCGGGCCCCGAGAUCGUCAAGGCUGGGCUGUGGACGGACGCCCCGGCCGUGGUGAACUGUCUGCUCAUCCUGGCCCGGUCCCUGGACGCCAGAGUGGGGGACAGUGGUGACACACUGGGGACAGCUGGGGACGGUGGUGACACCUCUGUCCCCGCAGUGGAUGACGUGCAGGUCUCCUGUUACCGCAUCCUGUGCAGCAUCUACAGCCUGGGCACCGCCCGCGGGCCCCUCGUGGACAGGCAGCGGCCGGCCCUGGGCGAGUGCCUGGCCCGCCUGGCCGCCGCCAUGCCCGUGGCCUUCCUGGAGCCGCAGCUGAACCACCUGAACCCCUGCUCCGUAUACAGCACCAAGAGCGCCCGCGAGCGCGCCCUGCUGGGUCUGCCCUCGCGGGUGGAGGAGCUGUGUCCUGUCCCCUUGGGAUUGUUUGCCCAGCCCAUCUGUGACCUCCCUGUGUCCCCGGUGUCCCCCAGGGCCAAGUGGCUGACGGAGCCCAACGAGGACGCGGAGGAGCUGUUCCGCAUGGUGGGCGAGGUCUUCAUCUACUGGUCCAAGUCUCACAACUUCAAGCGUGAGGAGCAGAACUUCGUGGUGCAGAACGAGAUCAACAACAUGUCCUUCCUGACGGCCGACAGCAAGAGCAAGAUGGCCAAGGUGGGCUGGGGGACCCCAAAAGGCGGUGGCUCGGAGCAGGAGCGCUCCAAGAAGCGGCGCCGCGGGGACCGGUACUCGGUGCACACCUCGCUCAUCGUGGCCACGCUGAAGAAGAUGCUGCCCAUCGGCCUCAACAUGUGCUCGCCCGCCGACCAGGAGCUGAUCGCGCUGGCCAAGGGCCGCUACGCCCUGAAGGACACGGACGAGGAGGUUCGGGAGUUCCUGCACAACAACCUGCACCUGCAGGACAAGGUGGAGAACACGGGCUCGGCGCGGUGGCAGAUGGCCCUGGUGCGCCAGGCCGGGCGGGACGAGGACCCCGACAGCCCCGAGCAGGUCGUGCGCAGGGUGCAGGAGGUGUCGGCCGUGCUCUACCACCUCGAGCAGACGGAGCACCCCUACAAGUCCAAGAAGGCCGUGUGGCACAAGCUCCUGUCCAAGCAGCGGCGCCGCGCCGUCGUCGCCUGCUUCCGCAUGACGCCCCUGUACAACCUGCCCAGGUGGGCACGGGGCACUGGGGGGAGCCCCCGGGUGACACCUGGCAUCCCCUGGGUGACACUUGGGACCCCCUGGGGUUUGGGGCUCCGGGCGCAGAAGUCGGGGCGCGAGGAGGAGGAGGAGGAGGAAGAGGCGGAGGCACGGCCGGACCCGCUGCACCAGCUGAUCCUGCACUUCAGCCGCACCGCGCUCACUGAGCAGAGCCACCUGGAGCAGGAUCACCUGUACAUGGCCUACGCCGGCAUCAUGGCCAAGAGCUGCCACAUAGAGGAGGGGGAGGAGGAGGAGAAGGAGGAAGAGGAGAAGGAAGAGGAAGAAGCCGAGGAUUCGUUUGAGGAGAAGGAGAUGGAGAAGCAGAAGCUGCUGUCGCAGCAGGCGCGGCUGCACACGCGCGGCGCGGCCGAGAUGGUGCUGCAGAUGAUCAGCGCCUGCAAGGGCGAGCGGGGGGCCAUGGUCUCCUCCACGCUCAAGUUGGGAAUCUCCAUCCUCAAUGGGGGCAACGCCGACGUGCAGCAGAAGAUGCUGGAGUACCUCAAGUCCAAGCGCGAGGUCGGGUUCUUCCAGAGCGUGCAGGCGCUGAUGCAAACCUGCAGCGUCCUGGACCUGAACGCCUUCGAGCGGCAGAACAAGGCCGAGGGGCUGGGCAUGGUCACCGAGGAGGGCACCAGGGAGAAGGUGAUGUCGGACGAUGAAUUCACCCAGGACCUGUUCCGGCUGCUGCAGCUGCUCUGCGAGGGCCACAACAACGACUUCCAGAACUACCUGCGGACGCAGACGGGGAACACGACCACCAUCAACAUCAUCAUCUGCACCGUGGACUACCUGCUGCGCCUGCAGGAGUCCAUCAGUGACUUCUACUGGUACUACUCGGGCAAGGACGUCAUCGACGAGCAGGGCAAGAGGAACUUCUCCAAGGCCAUGGCCGUGGCCAAGCAGGUGUUCAACAGCCUCACCGAGUACAUCCAGGGCCCCUGUACUGGGAACCAGCAGAGCCUGGCCCACAGCCGCCUCUGGGACGCCGUCGUCGGCUUCCUGCACGUCUUCGCUCACAUGAUGAAGAAGCUGGCCCAGGACUCGUCCCAGCUGGGGCUGCUGAAGGAGCUGCUGGACCUGCAGAAGGACAUGGUGGUGAUGCUGCUGUCCCUGCUCGAAGGGAACGUGGUGAACGGCACCAUCGCCCGGCAGAUGGUGGACAUGCUGGUGGAGUCCUCCAGCAACGUCACCAUGAUCCUCAAGUUCUUCGACAUGUUCCUGAAGCUGCGCGACAUCGUCUCGUCCGACGCCUUCCGCCACUUCGUCACCGACCCGCGCGGGCUCAUCUCCAAGAAGGACUUCCAGAAAGCCAUGGACAGCCAGAAGCAGUACGAGCCCGACGAGAUCCAGUUCCUGCUCUCCUGCUCCGAGGCCGACGAGAACGAGAUGAUCGACGUGGAGAGCUUCGCCCAGCGCUUCCAGGAGCCGGCGCGCGACAUCGGCUUCAACGUGGCCGUGCUGCUGACCAACCUGUCGGAGCACGUGCCGCACGACCAGCGCCUCAAGACCUUCCUGGAGCAGGCCGAGAGCAUCCUGGACUAUUUCCGGCCCUUCCUGGGCCGCAUCGAGAUCAUGGGGGCGGCGCGGCGCAUCGAGCGCAUCUACUUCGAGAUCAGCGGCGCCAACAAGGCGCAGUGGGAGAUGCCGCAGGUCAAGGAGUCCAAGCGCCAGUUCAUCUUCGACGUGGUCAACGAGGGCGGCGAGGCCGAGAAGAUGGAGCUCUUCGUCAACUUCUGCGAGGACACCAUCUUCGAGAUGCAGAUCGCCUCGCGCAUCUCCGAGGAGGAGGCGCCGCGCGACGAGGAGGAGGAGGAGGACGAGGACAGGGAGGAAGAGGAGCCGGCCGAGGCGCCGGCGCCGGCGCUGCCAGGCCUCGGGGCGCUGCGGCGGCUGCUGGGGUCCCCCCAGACGUGGCGCCGCAGGAUCAGGCGGCUGCGCAUGGGGUUCCUGCUGGGGAGGUUUUGGGAAACCCAGGGGGGAUAUUCCGGGGGUCCCCGUGGGGGGUGGGACACAGUGGAGGGUCCCCAAAGCCCCAAUUCCACCCCGCCAUGGCCCUGCCCGGCUUCAGGGGACUUUGGGGGGUCCCGGGGUGAGAAUUUACCCCUCAACGCCCCCCCCGGACCCCCUUGUCCCCCCCAGGAGAUGGCAGAGCAGGCGGGGGAGGCUCCGAAGGAAGAGGAGCCCCCGGCCGAGACCGAGAAAGCCGACACAGAGAACGGGGAGAAGGGCGGGGGUCCCGAGGAGGGGCCGGAGCCCCGCGCCCCCCCGAGGCGGCGCAAGUCGGUGCCCCGGGAGCGCCGCGAGCCCCCGGCCGAGGGUGGCUUCGACUUCUGGGGAGAGCUGGAGGUGCAGAGGGUCAAGUUCCUGAAUUACCUGUCGAGGAAUUUCUACAACCUGCGGUUCCUGGCGCUGUUCCUGGCCUUCGCCAUCAACUUCAUCCUCCUCUUCUACAAGGUGUCCGAGCACCCCCCGGGCGCCGCCGAGGAGCCCGAGGGCUCGGGCGCGGCCCCCGAGGAGGACGGGGCGGUGCCGGGGGGCGCGGAGGCGGCGGGGGUCCCCGAGGAGCCCGAGGUUUAUUAUUUCCUGGAGGAGAGCACGGGCUACAUGGGCCCGGCGCUGCGCGGGCUGGCGCUGGCGCACACGCUGGUGGCCUUCCUGUGCAUCAUCGGCUACAACUGCCUCAAGAUCCCCCUGGUGAUCUUUAAGAGGGAGAAGGAGGUGGCGCGGCGCCUCGAGUUCUCAGGGCUCUGCUGUGACCAAUCCUUCCCCAGCAAUUACUGGGACAAGUUCAUCAAGAGGAAGGUGAUGGAGAAGUACGGGGAUAUCUACGGGCGGGAGAGGAUCGCCGAGCUGCUGGGGAUGGACCUGGCCAGCCUGGAAAUGGGGGCGCAGGGCGAGCGCAGGGCCCCCCCCGACAGCUCCCUGCUCACCUGGUGGGCACCCGGGGCACUUUGGGGGGACACCUCAUGGGUCUGGGGGCUCCCCUGGAGCACUGGGAGGCACUGAGGGGGGCACUGGGAAGUACUGGGAGGGCACUGAGGGGGACUGGAAGGCACUGGGAGGACACUGAGGAGCAUUGGGAGAGGGGGGGCUCGGCGGGGGUCUCCCGAGCCCCCCUGACCCCUCUGUGCCCAGCUGGUGAUGACGGUGGGGCUGCUGGCCGUGGUGGUCUACCUGUACACCGUGGUGGCCUUCAACUUCUUCCGCAAGUUCUACAACAAGAGCGAGGAUGAGGAUGAGCCCGACAUGAAGUGUGACGACAUGAUGACGUGCUACCUGUUCCACAUGUACGUGGGGGUCCGGGCCGGGGGCGGCAUCGGGGACGAGAUCGAGGACCCUGCGGGGGACGACUACGAGCUCUACCGGGUGGUCUUCGACAUCACCUUCUUCUUCUUCGUCAUCGUCAUCCUCCUGGCCAUCAUCCAGGGUCUGAUCAUCGACGCCUUCGGGGAGCUGCGGGACCAGCAGGAGCAGGUCAAGGAGGACAUGGAGACGAAAUGCUUCAUCUGCGGCAUCGGGAGCGAUUAUUUCGACACGACGCCCCACGGCUUCGAGACCCACACGCUGGAGGAGCACAACCUGGCCAACUACAUGUUUUUCCUGAUGUAUUUGAUCAACAAGGACGAGACGGAGCACACGGGGCAGGUGGGGACAGUAAGGGGGAAAAGGUUCGCCCAGUCCGGGACGCGGCCCGUACUGGGAAGGGGCGUGGUUAACGCGGAGGGCGUGACCAGGAGACAUUACGUCAUUCACACUGUGGGCGUGGCCAGGGAGCGUAGUGAAGCGGAAGCGGCUGUGACGUCCCUUCCGGAAUAG